AUGGCUUUUGCAGACGAAGAAAAGAAGAAAAAUCUGAUCAUCAAAACAUGGAAACGGUGUCGUUCAAUGGGCCGUCACAACAAUAAUAAUAGUAAUAAUAAUAAUGAUAAUAAUAAAUCUCCAUUUCUCUCAAAGUGCAAUUCAUGGGAUGAAUCUCUAACUUCGAUGGCGCCGGACGGUUGUUUCAACGUUUAUGUCGGACCGGUUCGCCGGCGGUUUUCUGUCAAGAUAGAAUGGGCCAAUCAUCAACUAUUCAGAAUGUUGCUCGAAGAUGCUGAAUUGGAAUAUGGGUUUAAAAGUCAAGGCCCAAUAAUGUUGCCGUGUGAUGUUGAUGUGUUUUUGGGAGUUAUGGCCCAAAUUGAAAAUGGUGGGCCUGAAAGUGGUUCUUGUAGCCCAUUUAGUUCUGGUGAACGGUUUAAUGGUGUCGGGAAUGUGAAACAAGGAAUACCGAUGUUCCAGUUAUCUAUUUCUCAAAAAUAA